AUGGAUCUCUCCUUCAUGGCAGCGCAGGUAAAUUUCUUCUGGUUAUUUCUGUUUUUAUCAGGAAAGAUUAUCGAAUGAGAUCUUAAUGAAGGAGACGUGAAUGUAAAACGGAGUUGAAAGGGAAAAAAAUGACCAAUAAAUCAUAUAUUUACUCUGACAUAUGAACCAAAGCUCAGUUUACUGCCUUCAGUGUCCGGCAAGUUUGCUCUCAAAGUUAAUUCUGAGUUUAGCUUGAGGUCGUGUGUGGAUUAAAUUAAGCAGUGGUAAUUAAGACAUGACGUCUUUCAAAUAAACAGGCUACUUCAACACUUCACCUCCCAUAUGAACUGAAUUUAAAGAUCCUUUUGUUCACUAAAGGUAAUGAAGAAUAUCACAUUUUAUUAACAUUUAACAUCCCAAACAUAAAAUGACCUUAUUGAAUAUGCUGCAUUACCAAAAGUUGCAUCAUUUCUGAUUUUUCUCUUUUAUGCUACCAUCUGCUCUGGUCUGUUUUAUUGUCUGGCUCUAGAUUUGCCACUCAAAUUAAUUUUAACAUCUGCACUAAUAUAAGACUAAUAUAAAAUUGCUUACAUAGAGGAAUUAUAUUGUGAUCCAGGGAUUGCCUUAAUUCAACAGGCUUCGAUGUCAGAGAAAGGCAAAGUUAAUGAGACAAUUAUCAGCUUAUAUCCCUGCAAAGAUAUUAAGACAGGGCUGGCUGCAGGUUAUGCAUCUUCUGUCAUUAUUCUUUUGGAAACUACAUUCAGUGGUUAAAAAAGAUUCAUAAUAAAGUACAAGGACGUUGUUGAAAAGCUUGAAAAGGCUGAAUAGUUUUAGCUCUGCAGCCCGUGAUAAAAUUUAAGUGGUAACAAGCUCAGAUCUUCAAAUAAAAAACAAAAAGAAAAAUCAUAACAUAAAAAUACUAGUGAAAUCUGGUGUAAAAUUGAGUAACUAUGAUCACUUAUAUUAACCUAAAGCGCUUGAAGUGAAAUGAAGAAUUGAUGUAUGGUCCCCCCGAAUUGUAGGCUUUAAAGUUUUGCCGUUUUUUAGUUUGAAAGAGGUUUUAAGUUGCUUAAAAUGAGUGUACUUUUAAUCAUCAUUGCAUCAAUGUCAAUAAAAAUACUUAUAAUAAUGAUUAUGAUCUGAGUUUCUUGUUUGAGUGUUAACCAUACGUUUUAAAAUGGUGCCUGUAUCCGAGUCCUGCGUGAACUGGUCUCAGUCCUGGACUUGCCUGCACCACUUAAGUAACUAGUUUAUAGUUUCAUGUUAAAAUAGACAUGCCAGCAGAUGUUUGAUCAGAUAAUAGUGAGGAAGCCGAACUACCUCCAAGUGCUCAAGACUGAGUCACUAUUGCAAGAGAUCCAACCUAUGGCUGGUGGAAGACUUCUUGAUAAGUGUCUCAAAAUAGAUUUUUAAAGCAUCAGGUUCCACAUACUUUCUUUUUCUGUUCAGACUGUUGUGAAAUAAAAUUUAAUCUCAAUCAUAAAUAAACAAAAAAAGUCAGAUUUGGGUCACUUCACCUACGCUGUGAACACGAUCUGAUAAACUGAGGACAUUUUGAAGCCAUGUUGAGACAGAAAUCUGUAUCUCCAGCUCCCUAACACCACGAAUCCCUGCUCCUGCUGGCCUCCUGCUAUUUAAAUUCCCCGCAUGGCUCUGGUUUUGCUGUGUUGUAAAAUAAUUAAAUACAAAUUAAUUUAAAAAUUCGAGUCAUGUAAGCACAAUUGCAGCUGAGACAGAGACAUUAGACUCUGACCCAGGGACCGUCUUCAUUAAAAGGUUUCAAGGUUAAAGAGAUGCACACUUAAUGAGGCUAAUUCUGCAGUUUAUUUUCCUGCAAACUUUUCAUCUUCGUGGGGGUUGAUGGCAGCUUUGUGGCACAUCUUCUCUUGUGAAACUUUUCUGGGAUGACAUGAAGGUCUGACCCUAACAAGAGCUGAGCACAGGACACACAUUCACACAUUCAUUAAACGUAUUUGUCAGAAAUGAUAAUUAACUUUGUGAGAUAAUUAAAAUAGCAUUCAGACACCUGAUGAUGAGUUUUGUGGUGUUCCAGGGAGUGGUGUUCAGUUUUCUCCACCUCGCCUCAUUCCUGUAGAGAGACAAAAGGCUGAACCUCAACACUGUUCAUUAUUUUCUGUUAAUGGAUUUUUGUUUGUCUUUUAGAAAUGUUGUUUUUUUGAAGCUAAUAUCAUAAUUAGCUUUCUUACAAGAAUUUCAAUCCGCUAAUGCAGACACUUGUUCCGCGAUCGUCCUAUUUCUCUGUUCUGGUCUGCAUCGCGGGGAUCUGGGGGCGGAGCUUGGAUUGGUUACGUAGGAAAUCUCACUGUAUCUGAUCCUGCCGUUUGGGUCUGCCAGAGAUUAACAGCGAUUUGAAUAGGUCUGCCCUUAUACAAUAUUGAUAUUAGAUAUCAGUCCGAUACUAGCCAAAAAGCAAAUAUCAGAUUAUAUCGGCCUUCAUCUAAAAUCUCCGAUAUCAGCACUCCGAUACAAGCAGUCCAUUCCAGACUCCACUCUGGCACCCUAGCGCCUGGAUCUAGCAUGCAGAGCCCACAAAAUCACAACAACAGUGUGUACUAAGGUUCUCACAAAGUAGUCAGGAGUAGGGGUGAUGUCAGCUGUGUGGCAGUAUUUUUCGUUUAAGUCCGAAAAAGGCAUUGUCGCUGAGUGAAAAACUUGUCAUGCACAAAGUUGUGCCAAUAUCGGAUCAAUAUCGGUAUCGACCGAUACUGAAGGUUACGAUAUCGAUAUCAUUUCAGAGGUUAAAAAGUUGUAUCGGGACACCUCUAGAUUUGAAUGCAGAAAUACUCGUUUUCUCCUGAUAUGUCCUCUAGUAUCAGAAAAAUGCCAUAUAAACAUGUAGACAACAAGACAAACAAGAUUUUCAUCGAAGUGGGUGUUUAAGAGCUGAACUGCCCUGCCGCUGCUGUCCUGUGUCUGUCCCCGAAGAGCUUAAAAGGACCACUGAUUUUAACACAGUGCUUCUGUUUUAGGGGGUCAUAAUUUUUCAUAAAUUUUAUUUUAUCACUGAGUUUGGUUGGGAGAAGAAGCAGACCUCUUUAAUUCCUCUUCAAAUUGAAUCUGAGUACAGAGGCAGAUUUUGUUCAGAGGUACAGAGUCCACUUUGUAGCAGCUCUUUUCUGAGUCUGUGUCCACGCUCCUGAAGCUCUAACAGGGUGAUGGUGGCCUUGUCAAUAUUAAUGGUUUUGGGCCUCUGUCCAAUCUCUCUCCCCAUCAUACCUGAGGAGGAGCAAAACUGUGUGAGAGGGAUGUUAAUUAUAGACUCUCUCCUCCUCUACGCCCGGUGUUAGCAGGGCACUGGGGUUAGAUGUAAGGCUGCAAUAAUAAAAAGAGCUGUUAGAUCUGUCCGUCCUUAAACAGUCUGUUUGUAUUCAUUUUUGGAAGCAUUUUCCUCAGUUAUUCUUAAGCCAAGACAAAAUGAUCUUUAAUCCAAGCUUAAUUACUCAUUAAAAUGAAUGUUUCUUAAUUAUUUCUGAUUGAGGAUGAAGGCUUUUAUGUUUUUCUGUCUUUGUUGGCUGGAAUGACUGUGAUUACUGCCCAGAUUUCCCUUAUGUCGGUGAAGUCUUGAUCUGUCCUGUCUUGGUUUUGAUGCAUCCCCAGUUUCCAAUUACUGCUUUGUGAUGAAGCUUUUAGUUUUUAUGAUACACAGAAAUGAUAAUACAUCAAAGACAUGUCGGAUAGUUAAAUUCUUGUCUCCUAUUUCAAAUCCUUUUAAAAUUCAACUGGCUUUCUCUGGUGUAUGAGGGUUGGUUUGAAAUAUGGCAUCAACAACAGUGCUUUCUUCAACUCCCAAAAUGUACUGUGAUUGCUCAAUGAGUGCUUAUUCUCCCCUGGUGCUUUUACAAUGUCUCUACUUUUGUGCCCAAGAGCUGUUGUCCAAGUAUUUGUCAUUUCCUGAAAGCACAAAGCACUUUCUUUGCUAUUUCUCAUUUUUUUUGUGCUCAGCUCUGAACUUUUCAAAAAACAUUCUGGUAUUGUCACAGUUUCUCGUUUUGCUAUCUGCUCUCCAGUGAUGUCUGAGACUUUUAGACACUUGGUGUUGUGUUUUCUUUCACUCUUCCCCCAAAAAACUCUUCUAUAGGGCAUUUUUUUCUGUGAAGAUUCUGCCUCUGGAGACUGCAGCACCUUUGGCUUCAUGUCAGAUCCAGUGUUGGGAAUGAAUAUAAAGACCUGCAGAUUGCUGGGCUUACUGUCUGCAGCAGGGCUUGAAAUUAAAACCCUUUUGGUCAUGUACAGUAUACUCCCACAAUUUGAUCUGUGCAGCCUCAGAACAAGUUAAGUGCAAAUAAUUGUUGCGCUGUGACUUUACACAGUGUCCUAAUUGGUAAUGCCUGUAAUGAGUAUGUCAUGGCAGGCAUCCCUGUUCAAUGCAGUGAUUACAUAACUAACUAAACAUCAGCUUAGGGAUGGGCGAUAUGGCCUCAAAUCAAUAUCACAACAUAUUGAGCAGUUCACCUCAGUAACGAUAAAUGGACGAUAACUACUCCACAAGCUGCUCACCCCCUCCCACAUUAAUUUUGUCUACUUCAGCCGCUACAACUUUUGAACCGUCCUCCAUCUCCUCACCUGUCUUUUCCUCUUUGCUGGAUUGGGGUGGAGUCACGUCUCCAAUGUAGGACAGUGUCUUACCAUAGCCUACCUACACACCAAACCAACUUUUUUUUAUUCAUUUGACACCAAAUUGACAUGGGCAUAAUGACGUUGGUUACUGUUGUGAAUUUUAGUAUCGGUAAAUUUUCCAUUUAUUGCCCAGCCAUACUUUAGUUCGACAUUUUAAACUUUCAGCACUGAUUUUAGGUUGGUUCAUCACUCUGUUGCUCUGUGCUUUAUUACCAUGUGACAGAAAGCUAACACACAAACUCAGAACAUAGAGAGAAUGAUGUUAAUGAUGUGGUAACUGAAUGUACCAACAGAAAAGAUGGCUCACUGUUUUCAGAGGGAGUGACUGAGAGAUUUUAAGUGACUCUGCAAUAAAACUCAUUCUUCAAACAAGGAUUAGGUAACCUGGAUUACUUUGACCCUUAUCUUGACAAUUUUAGGGGUUUUUUUCUGCUUUUAUUGGACAGGACAGUGGAUAGAUCAGGAAACUGGGAGAGGGUGGGAAGGCUGGUACUGAUCCUGGACUGCCUACUUGAGGAAGGCUCAGUUGAAAGAGAGCUUGCCUCGUUUUGAAUCAAAGAUAUCUUAAUCCUGCUCAAAGUUUCAUUCCCACUAACUAGUAGUUUUAUCUUGAUUUGAUUUAAUCUGAAUACUUCAAUCAGUUUUGAAUAACUGGACCAAAGUACAUGGGUGCAGACAGGGUACAGGAUUAACUUUUGACGCACCAGGCAAAUUGGCCCGUAGAUGAAAAAAUGUUCAAGCCAAGUGUAAUGUAAUUAAAAAGAGAUGAUGACACUAAAAAAGAAAAGACACACUAGUCUGGAUUUAAGAAAUGUUAUUAUACACAUUUGCUACAAUAUAUAUCAUGCAGAUUAUGACUUGUUGCAGAGUUAACCAGAACAAAAUUUUUAAGUCAAUUAAAGCCUCAACACAAUUCAUAUAAAAUCAUGUAAUUGUUAUAGAUUUAGUUUAAGAAGUUUUUGAUUCCAUGACCAUUUUAGCACAAAUAUUUAGUGGCAGGUCAAAUUGAAAGUGUACCAACAUUUGGGGCUAGACAGAUGUUGAUUUGAGACCCUGGACACAUGAUGCGGAGCUCUUUCUUGAUUCCUUGAGUUGCAGACAAACCUUGAUGACGUGUUAUUUCACUCUCAAGAUUACGAAAACUUUAUUUUCUUUAAGUACAGAGCUGUCUGUUGAACUGGCAAUCCAAUACUCAUAGCCGACUCAUAAAUUGAUACCUGUCCACCAGCUGAGAGGCUGUCAGUGCAUCCACAUCACCACGGUUCAAACUGUCAUCCAGUCUUUCAGUCCAAACUCAGAGUUUGCUUUUAUAUUACAAAGCAAAGAGGCUUUAGACGGUUCAAACAGAAAGCUGAAUGAGAGGAGAGCAUCCCCGGAACGAUCUAAGAGUGCAAACCAACUGCAAGUUCAUACACCCCUGUUUCUCCUCAAAGUUAGACUGCUUUAUCAGUGAACGACAAGGGAGAGAAAUCAGCUGAGAAGUCAUAGCAUGAAGCAAAAUCACGCCAGACUCUUAAUAUCAGACUGGACUCAUGGCAGCAUGAGGUAUCCUCCAAUAUGAACCUCAUUAGAAAAUCUAUAUUAUUGAAUGUCGUCUUUUACCAUCUCAAUAAGUGUAUGAUGAGUGGCUUUAAAUGGUGAGGUAUAUUAAAACCUGUGAGGAGACCAUCAGUGUUGACAGAAAUCCAAUUAUUACAUGGCGUGUUUCAGAUGAGCUCUCAGAGGAUGAAGAUGGUUCAGGAUCUAUCACAGUGUGUAUCAGAGUCUGAAUGAGGAAAAUAUAGAAAGAACUGGGCUGUCUGUCAUCUGAAUGAAGCCUACAAGUACAUUUGAAGAUACAGUUGAAGCAGCUUCUAGCAUUUAGCUGAGCGAUAUGUCAAUUUUAAAUUAAAGCAUGGACUGUGAAUAUCUCCCCUCUGUUUGGGCCUGGGUUCGCUUUGAGUCUGAGACGAAUACAGAUGAUGUAAUUUGACCUGAAGGUUUGAUAGAGAAGCAGUGACCUGUGUGUGUGUUUGUUCAUGAAUCAUAAAGGCUCUCUGUGAAAGUCAUUUAGUGCUGCUGAUGAAGGGAAUGAGUGACUGAAUGAAAGUGUAAGUGGUUUGAAGUCUUCAAGGUGACAAACAAACAGAGGUGGAGGUCCUUUUCCACAUCAGUCAGAAACUUUUUCGACUGUUUGUCAGGCCGUGGAGGGCAUAAGGAACCAUGUGACUGACUACAUAACUUGUGAAUAAAGAAAACGAGUAUGAGGGCUGUUGGGACGGGCUUCCUCACUGAGCACUUACUUGUCAAACAAUAGUGAUGGAAAGAACAGUUCUUUUGACUGUACUGAAUCUUUAGAAUCCGUUCAUUAAAAUGAUUCAUUCAAAAGAUUCGUUCACUGAAUCAGUCAGUGCUUAAGAGCCAUAGACUGUACAUACUAUGGACAACUUGGUUCCGCCUACCGCCUGUAUACGGAUUUGAAGCCAAAUAGCUCUCGGUCUUUCUGGGAUUUUUCUUCAUUUCCUGAAAGAUACCAAUUGCUUUAAAUCAGCUGAAAUUAAAUCCUUCUUGCAGGAAAGUUUAUAGACAUGUAUUAAUGUAAAGGCACUAUAAUGCUCUUUUCAAUUGCUAGUAUGAAGUCAAAUUUAUGAUAGUAGAAAAAUAAAAUCAAUUGUUUGUCCAGUGAGGUUGGCAGAGGUGACAUCAUAGAGCAGGAGAAAGUUAGUACAACAAAUAUAAGGUUUGCAAGAUGUGCUACAUGAAAAUAAAAUACAGCGUAAAUAAGACAAACAUAAAGGAAAGACAAAUGCUAAAAAGCUAAACAGUUGAAAAAGUUUUAUGAAUCGCAAUACAUUGUAUCACAAUACUCACUGUAUUGCAAAAUGUUAAAAAUUGCAGUGAUAUUGUAUCGUCGCCCAAUUAUCAUGGAGCCACUAAUGAUUCCCACCGCUAGUAUGCUGGGACAGAGAUCCAAAUAGACCCGUGUUUACAUUAAUGAAAAAACUUGUCGGGUCUAUUUUUUUUUCACAGUCAACUUAUUCAACUUUAUCCAAGUCCUAUAAUAAACUGUUAUACAGUUUCUGUGAUUUUUUUAUACAUACUUAUGCACAUUUGUGAUAACUUUAUAGUCUUUAAACAUUUUUUAAUUUACUGGCUGCAUGUUUUUGUUUUAUACCUUUAUACAUAAAUCUCUUUAUAAGCAUUGUGGCUGUUUUUUUAGGAGGCUUAAUGUCUGCCUGAGUUCAACUUCUUUGCCUGUUUUUAGAUUGGACAUUAGUUAGAUUAGGACAGCAUUUCCAAUACAGCUACUACCAUCAUCAGGCAGCUUUUCUACUUCAGAAAGCCAGAGUGAUAUCACACAGACUCAGUUUUUAUACAGUCUGCAGCUACAAUCAGCUGUAUAAUAUACUAUAUUAGGGUUGGGCUGUAUAACGGUAUAUACCAUGUGACAGUAUAAAAGUGUCUACUGGUAGAAAUUUUGUUAUACCAUGUAUACGGGAGAGAGAGAGCAAAUAUCUGCUGUGUCUCUCUGAGUCAGUGUGUAGUUGUCUACACUUGCUAACAGGAAAGCCGGAACACAUCGAUUUGGGUGCAUUUCCAUAUAUUCACCAGCGUGUCCCAUGUCGUGCGAAGUUUGUUCGCUCCGUUUGAUUGGUCAGGUUUCGUUUCUCGCCCUAUAAUCUGGUACGGUUAUUUAUAAGCAAUUAACUAAAUUUACAGGGGGAAAAAACAUACCGUGAUAUAUACCGAUAUGAAAUUACUCAUACCAUGAUAUAAGAUUUUGUUCAUACCGCUCAACCCUAUACUGUAUAUAUACAUAAUAAAUGCAUAGACUUCCAUGACAUUUGUUUUUCUGUCCACAGAUCCCAAUGAUGACUGGUGCCUUCAUGGACUCGUCUCACCAUGACGACUACAGCACUGACCACUCUUUGUUCAACUCGUCUGCCAGCGUCCACGCCGCCUCCAUGGUCGCUCACAGCCAGCCCGAGGAACCCCAGCCCAUGUCCAGGGACGCCAUUUGGCUCUGGAUCGCUAUCACCGCCACCAUCGGGAACAUUGUAGUCGUGGGCGUCGUGUACGCCUUUACUUUCUGAAUGUACGGGCUCUGAGCUGAGCGCGUGGAGGAACGUGGGAUGUAAUUUCUGUACAGUGAUGGGCUGUUUGAGCGCAGCCUCUGCUGAGAGAUGACUCAUCAAAUGGAGUUUCCUCACAUCAGUGAAAUUACCCUGCAGUCAUCAGAGCACUUGAGUGAUAAUGAACUUCUGCUGGAGGAGUGUGGGGAGUGGAAAAACUUUAGACUGCAUCUAUCUCAGAGGAAAUAGAGAUUCUAACUGCAGACGUGGUGUACAAAUAUCUCAUUUUCUUCUCCGUGUUUGUGUUUUCAAGUUUGUUUUUCCUUGUAGUGGCCGACAUGUUCUCUGUUAAAAUGUUUUAGUUUAUUUUUCCUUGUAAGCCUAGGGCUGAGCGUGUGUGUAUAAGCUCUCAGCUACCUAUCCAACAGUGGACCUCAGCGUCAAUACAACCUCUCUAUGAGGGAAUAACUAAUGCUUUAAAUUAUGUUUCAUUAUUUUAUUUAGUCUGUGGAACCAGUGAGGGACUAGACCUCUUCAGCAGAGGUCCACUGCUGGUGCAUAAUGUACGUGUAGAUGUGUAACAGUUUAGCACAGUACACAGCCGAGGAUUUGAGUGGAGAUGCUUUUUUUAAAUCACUACUCCUUCAAAAAUAUAUAUAUCUGCCUUCUGUAUUUGCCAAUUCUGAGGUCAUUUUAACCCUAUUAAACCUUACAAAUCCUCACAUGUCCUUGUGUCUGUGCUUUAUUUAUGUUUUUCUUCAACUCUGAUUUACAACACUUUGGACACUGUGUAAAUAAAAGACUGUUAUCUCAUUUUUCACUGAUAUAAGAUUUCACCUGCUCAGUCGAUCAGAUCUCCUACGUCACUUAAUUUGUGUUUAAUGAUGUGCCAAAUUCUUCACAUCAAGACUGCAGGCAGGUCAGUACAACGGUACUGCUCAAGCUGUGGAGUGCAUACAACGCUACUGUGCAAUGCCGGUUUCAAGAAGUAGAGAAAAAAACGCAGAAUUACCGAGAGCUUUUUGGCUUCAAAUCUAUAUACUGGCGGAAGUUGGGACCAAGUUGUCUAGAGUAUAUACAGUCUAUGCUCUAGACUCAGUAGGACUUCAGAGCCAUAUUUUUGUAAUACAUGCAGAAUGUGUUUGGCAUUUUCAUGCUGAAAUAUGAAGGUCUAACCUUAAAAAGUCAUUGUCUGCAGUGUCCAUGAGUUCCAAAAUCAAUGUCAAAUGUCAGGACAGAUUUUUUAUUUGUCUCAGCUCAUCUCAAAUGGGAAGUCUGGGGAAGUCUGCUGUUUCUGUAUCAUGUUUAUUUCUGGUUUCCUCUUUGCAUGGUUCAGUUUAUACGAAAGAAGAUUAGGGCCACAUUAAAAGAAAAAAAAAAUUGAGAUUAAAGUUGAAAUUUCCAGAUUAGAAAAAAAAGCGAAAUUAUGUCAAUGAAGUCAAAAUUUGGACAUUAAAAAUUGAAAUGUCGAGAUUAAAGUCGAAAUUUGAGAUUAAAAAAUGUUGCCUAUAAUGUCAUAAUUUCAAGAUUAAAGUCGACAUGACAAUACAAAAUUUCAACUUUUUUAAAUUGCGACUUUAAUCUCAAAAUUUUGAGUUUAAUCUUAAAAUGGAAAUGAAAAAAAAUCUCCCUCCUGUAAUUAUUUUCUUCUCUUCAUGUGGCCCUAAUCCUCUUUCGUAGUUUUAACCUGUAUUUUUAACACAGUGUCGAAUCUCUUCCCAUCUUUACUUCUGAGAAACUAAGCCUCUCAGUCAUGAUACUAACUUGUAGCAAUUUGACCUUAUUUUCUUGAGGAGUUUUCACACGUCUUUCUUUUGCAUAAGACAGAUGCUCAUAUGACCCUAUGCCAAAUUUUCUGAAAUGUGUUGAUGGUGUCAAAUUUCUAAAUAGCAUCACAUUCUGUCAUUUGUAACAUUUUACACAAAGUCUAGGUUUUUGGAGAAGGAGGUUGUAAAAAUUACCUGGAUUAACAAUUUGUACUGUAUACAAUGUGGGAUGGACAAUUUGAGCAAGCAGGGGGCGAUGAUGAGUUAGUGCCUGGAGAUUUCUCAUGAACUUCAGUGCGGCGUCAUAUAUUAUCAUGACAGAGCAGGUUUGAGGACGUUUAUGCAUUUAUAAAUCAUCAGCGUAUACUGUGGGGUAAUCUUAUUCUUGCAGUAAAACAAAAGGAGGAUUUAUUAUCGAUAAGGAAGACUAACCUAAGAUUCAGCUUCUCUGGAAAUUGCUGAAUAUCAUUUUGAAAGAUAUGGAAUCAUAAUUCAAGGAUCUCAGAUAUUUAUGAAGUAGUACAGAUCCAAUCACAUGGCAGAUGCUAUCUUUAUUCAUCAUGCAAACAUGGUAAAUACAGUUUUGUGAAAGCUCUCAUCCAAAUAGUAUUUUUUUACAUUUGUUUAUCUGAUUUCAAAGCUCAUAUAUGCCUUGUGUUUAAAAUCUGAUUCCAAUGUUCAGGAUGUAUAUUUUCAUUAAGCCGCUGAAAUUGAAACUCUUGAUAACAUCUUCGUCCUGUAAAUUCUGUCCUUGCUCCUCUCCUCAGCAACAGACAAACUGCUUUCCAAGCUGAAUAAGCCGUAAUGAGCUGUGGGUUUAAAGUUGCCUGUUGCCAUAGCAAUGCAACUCUCUGCCCUCAUACCCGUUUUCCCACAGCGUCACACCUGCUUUAUGUAUCCUCCCUUGUCUGCAAACCACAGCGCACAAAUACUCGGAUAAUGACACCACAACACACAGGAGAUUUUAGGUGUAAAGAGAGCUCAGUAAAUGGGGGUAUAGAGGAAUAAUUAGCAAGUUCAACAUUCAAGAAAAUGUGAAAAGGGUUGUAAUAAAGUUAAGUUUGGUGCAAAGAAACAACCAUGGGAAUAAAGAGGGAACAAAGUGGAUUAGAUCAUGCUCAGAGUCACUGUGCCCGCUCUUUCCGACUCAGUAGUUUUUUAAAUAGAACAUCUGCAUGAAUCACCUGAGAUAGUAUGUUUAUGUUUUUAAUGUCAUUAUUCAACCUGCUACAUGAGAUAACCAAAGGAUAAGGAAGAAAAAGAAAAGACUAAAGCGCUGAGUCAGGUCCAGCCCUCAGCCUCAGGUUGUUUACUGCUACCACUGAAGAAAGAUUAAUAUUUGCCUCGGGUGUGCACCCUAAAUCUGUGACUCAUUGUAAAACAAAAGCCUUUUUUGGAACAUGUUUUUAGCAAAAUAGAGAAAAGGCAUGAACCAAAUAGAGGAGGAUGAGCUGACACACUCUAAAACUCUUGGGGUAUUUCUUCAACCCAGUUCCUGGGUUAUACGUGUUGAGUUAAAUUUCUGGGUUAUUCCUCAGAUCCAUCCCCAUUUCUUGGGUCAUAUGGAUUCUAUUGUAACCCAAUUUGAGGGUUAUUUGAAUGGGUUGAUAAUUAUGGGUUAUUUUUCUGAGAGUAACCCAGUAAUUGGGUCAGAAUGUUGGGUUCGAUUAACUCUACGUGGUAUCUAGGCCUAAUGGUAAUUAAAGUGACCUGGAGCGAACUACAUCUACCAGUGUGGGUCCUUAGGCAAGACCCAUAAACAUGAGGGCAUUACCAUUGAAAGCCAAACCAGCUCAGACAUCGCCCAGGUUAACAAGGUCAGCGUCACAUGCUGAGGAACCAGGGCAUGGUGAUGAGAAAUGGGUUACUGGAACAACAAAGAGUAGGCAAUGGACAUGAGAUGAGAACAAGACUCUGUUGGGAUGGUACUACUCCAGUAACCCUAACCAGCAUGGAUACAUGAACAGGCUGAGGGAUACAUGGUUGCUUCAAAGCAACCCACAGUCGGUACACUGAAACAGCCAGGGUGCAACCUGUACCCUAUAGAUCGGGUUAACUUGACCCUUAAGAAGAGUUAUUGAGUCAACCCAAAAUGUGGGUUAAUUUGAACAACCCAACAUUCUGGGUCAAAAUAACCCAAUAAGUAGUUGGUCCCUUUUCAACCCUGGUGUUGAAAAAAGGUUUUUAGAUUGCAGCCUCCUAAAAAGAGAAGCAACAACAUUCAAGGGCUUCCUGUACUGACUAGCUGCAGUUCAAAUAUAUUCAACACCUUCCAGCUAUCAUCUUUUUUGAAAAUUCCUUGAAAAUAAAUUGUUUAAAAAGAGCAUUUGUAUAUAACUUGUAUGGUUAGAAAAUGUCAGUUUGUGUUUCUCUUUGGAAAGAGUUUGGACACUCCUGCUCUAAAUUAUCCAAAAAGCAAACCAGACCAUCAGAAACAGAACUGACUCUUUAUGGAUAUUCAUUUUCUAGACCAGAAGUACCUUUAUUUACAUUUUACAGACCAGAAAGGGUUAUGCAUCAGCAGAGGAGUAAAUGCUGAAGAGAAGGAGAGGGGACUUUGUAGCCUUGAGACAGACUUCUGACCUGUUUCCAUGUGUCUCUAUCAAUCACUUAAACUAGCUGUCCCUUUGCAGCGAUGGCUAUCACACUUUUGAGUCUCAUGAUUCAAGUGAGCAGCGAGGAUCCUCCAGACAGUCUGAUAGGUUUGAUAAAUAUUCCCCCCUGCAAAGUCUGACAGCCUCGGCACACAGCAGACAGAGGCAGACAGUCCAUUAGGUGAGAUGCUGAGCAGAGAGGCUAAUGAAACGUCAGUGUUUCCUGAUACAACAGGCCCCAGCAGCGGCCUGGGGGUCACAGAGAGCGUUAAUGCAAUCAGAGUGUGCUGGCUCUAAAUGAUGAAGUCAGACAGUACGCUGUCUUUCCACAGAAACAUGUGAACCUGCUGCUCCUUUUUUCGCACAUUACCCUUUGUUUCAAUUUGAAAAAGGACGUUACAAUCUUAGAGAAGUCUCAAGGUGAUGAGUAAUAAACUUUCAGGUGAGUAUUUCAUUAAAGUGAAACCUCAAAUGCUUUUGAAAACAUACAAAAUGUAGAACAAAAUGUAUGUGGGAAAAAAUGGACAUCCUUUUUCAAUUUUACUCUUUGGACACUAAAAAAUGUGUGAUUUUUUGAUGCUGGCUUUAAGACACAGCUCUUUCAUGUACUUCCUCAAUGUGGCCACAGGAGGUAGCUGUAGUCACUGUAUGACUGUAUGAAGUCUGCAGACAAACAAGCCAAUGAAUAACAACCUUAAUUCAGAGUAGUUUUUUCACUGUAACGUUAUCACACAGUUAUUUUGGUGCAGUUUUUAUGUCUGAUUUGAAAUGUGUCUUUCCUCUGUUCAUUUUGUGUCAAUUUUAUUGUGUAUAAGUGGUUGCAAUUGCGGCUAGAAAAGAACUUUGUGACAAGAAAGAACUAACUAAACACCAACAUCUGUGUUAGAUGUUGGUAAAAAGAGAUUGUGGUGGAUUGAGAGUCAUUUACAGACUAUACAUGGACAACAUACCAAAUGCUAAACAAAAAAAAAUAUUGGUGUUAUGGUUUGAGUUAUUGUGCAGAUAUUUUUGGUUUUGGUUGAAGUUUUCUGUUUGUGCUCUUGAUCAGUUUUCUCCUGUGGUCCUCUCAGCAGAGCAGGCUGUGGCUGGGGGGUGCAGCUGACCUACUUUCUGUCUGAUUGCAGCAGGGCACACCUGAUGUCAGGCUCCAAUCACCUCACCUCUCCAUAAAAGACUGGCUCAACCCUCAUUACUCUGCCAGAUAAUUCCGUCUUGCUCGGUAGUGCCAGCCUCAGUGUUCUCCUGCUCUAAGUUCUAGUCCUCUGCGACUUCAUGAGCUUUUCUGACCAUCCCCUCUCGUGUUCUUUUUCCAGAUUCAUGCCCUGCUGCCUCACCCACCUCCAGGCUGCUGGACAGUGGGUAGUCAGCCUCCAACAGCCACAGCCUGCAGAGGUUCUUUAGAGUGUGUUGGCAAUAAAAAGCCUGAUUUUUGAACUGUUGAUUAGUCUCCUGUCUUUCUGGGCUCAGCCAAGUUCUCAGGCCAUAACAGUUGGAUUAUGAAAAGUGUGUGUUUGUUUUAAGUUUGAUAUCAGCCCAAGAUUUCAAAACAGUUGGAACACUCUGAAAUAGUUGUGUAAUACUAAGAUAUGCACCUGCAGGAACAUCCCGGAUCAACAAGGUAGUUUUUCAAAUGGAUGGUAACAUUAAAGAGUAUAACAGGGAAGCGCAGUGAUUUUUAUAAACUUUUUUGUAUUUCUUCAUUUUUAUUGAAAAAUAUCUUCUUUAGCAAAAAACUGACUUUACAAACAAUGUUUGCUACUAAGAACGGCAGUCUGAGCUGCGAGGCCAAAACACUCUGAUACAGAAUAGAAAUCCUUGAAUAAACAGGGUAAUGUCAGUGUGUUCUGACUCAGCUGAGACUUCAUCAAGAUAUUGUACAAACAUUAAGAGACGGCGUUCAAAUACACUUAGAGAUUAAGUCCCAUAACACUCAAAAGACGAUCUAAAGGUUUACUGUAGAUAACAACUACUCACAAGAAAGAAGAAAGAAAAAGGUAACGCCCUCUUGUACACAUAUUUCACAACAUACUUAUCCAGGAUAAGUGAAAAGAAGGAAAGUGAGGGCCGUCACCUCCAUAAAUCUCUAAAUCAAGAAAUAAAAUAAGGGCAAACACAAUCUCAGGGCAAAUUAACAGCAAAAACUGCUUAAAUUGUAAUGUAAAUGUGCCUGUAAGGAAAGUAAUCAUAACCUUGGUCACAUGACACACUAAGUGUACUUAAAAACCUGUUUCUUAUUGUUUAUAUUGUGGCAUGAUUUCCAACUAAGACUCAACUAAUAUGCCUGAAAUGCACUGAUAUAUCACAGAUUUUAAUACGAUAUCAGAGUGUAUGGGUUUUCAGCUUGAACUAGCAUUUUUACAGCAAACAUCGUUUUGUUGUUGUUGUUCGUGGUUUUUGUUUUUUGAUUCGAGUUUAUGUCUUCAUUUGACCGAUCAUAUACCUCUAACGUCCGGAAGACCUUGUGUAGAAACUGAAGCUGUCAUCCCUUCCCUGAAAAUAACACAAUUUGGGCCAUCACAACAACACUUCUAUUCUCGCCUACGAGUGACCGGGAUAGGCGUAAAUAUAUUGAGAGAACCUAGUAACAGCAGCUGUGAGAUUCCUGUUAGAGGAAUGUGGAGAAGAGGGUCUGUGGUUUCCAGAAACAGUGAAUGUGUGGUUAUAUAAACCCUGAUAUGUUGUGAUAAACGGUGAUUAAAGGAGGAGGAAAAGGAGAAAGGGGAGGAGGUGUUCCCCCUGAACUGACAGCAGGAAGUCCAUAUUUGGUCUGAGGGUAUGUGUAAACUGAGCUCAUGGCUUGGUGACGCAGAACCAAAGAGGAGGAGAAAGACAAAAUGAGGUCUGCUGUCUACGCUUCUUCAUAAUAUGAUCCAGGACUGGGGAUCCUCAGGUUUUUUAUGAUCCCUGUUAGUCUGCUUACAAAACGACGAGUGAGGUGUAAAUGAUGCAGAGACUCAAAUAAGAAUCCAACUAUUUUUAAACCUGCAUGGGCCCUGUUUUUUUAUGAUGGUUUAUUUUUGGGUCUCCAUAACUAAAAGUGACUCUGAGGUUGUUGUUCAGAGUUAACCCUUCCUCCUGUGUUAGCUUUUAUUACGCACCCACUAUGUUAAGGGUCAGUUUCUACCUGUGUCUUAAAUCAGCUGUAAAUUACACUAAAAACAAUUCUCUAUCAUCCAAUUUGUUUCUAAUCUCUAGGUUACUUUGUUAGGCUUCAUUAUCCAAGAAAAUAUUGUUUGUAAUAUUUUUGUAGUGGGCCUCUGUGCCUUUCUUUGUCAGUAUACCCCUCAUACAGACAUCCAUACUGAAUUGACCUCACAUGUCUGGACAUGCCUGACGUUGUUUUCUGUGCCGGGAGAUACAUGGCAAAAUGAGAAUUUCCUAAAUCUUACAUGAUUGGAAGAGGAAGUCUUGAUGUGAGAAAGCUAAUUUACAUGAUUCUUUUAAACAUUUAAAAACAAAAACGGGUGAGAGCAGACCGUAACACAGGAGGAGGGUUACAGGCAAUUGCAUGAUUUAGAGCGGUUUAUUUAAAAGGUGGCUGUUUUUUUCACCAAGCGGUGCGGUACAGUUCACCUCAGCUCAGUACAUAAAGUCAAAUAUGGUAUCCAAAUACGAGCCGCCUUUACCAAUCCCCAAAGGGCGUCACUGGGAAUUCCAGGUUGUAAGACAUCUCUAAUAAUUGAGGGAGCAGUAGACCAGCAACUCUAAUUGCAUAAGAAAUGACGGUUGUUUUGUAUGUGGAGUCUGGUUCCUGUGAAGAGCAUCCUGUGACUGCUGUUUUACAGUGUUAGCAUGGCAGCAGUUAGCUCUGGUGAAACUUUAAGUGUGCGUUAAGAAGGAAGGACGGAAAUGCAGCCUGUGAGUUUAUGACGUCAAUUAUAACUUCCAUACGUCCUCAAUCAGUGCAGGAAACACAAACCGCACAGACCAGCUGGGUCUAAAAGCUGCUUCUGUUUCUGCUUUAUCAGUUUAUCUUGUUGCUAAUUUCAUCAGGAGCGUAGUGAGAACAAUGAUGGUAAUAAACAAGAGAAAUUUAGCUGUAUUCUGUAAGAAAGUGUAAAAUCUCAGUAUACGAUUCAAACGUCAUAAGUUUAGCUUUCUGUCUUUUUAAACUCCAGUGAUAUGGUCAGUCAGCAUUUGUAGAUUAGCUCUUUGUGGUUCAAACCUACAACAGUAAUAUUUAACGAUUUAUUUCACAUAUUUUUCACCAUGUGUGGCGUCUCCAGCUGCAAGUCCCUGUCUUGCUUCAUCAUCCAGCAGGUCUGAUGCUUCUGUGAGAAACCAGGGAGGUCUGCUCGGCUCAGAUUAUCUAAUCAGAUUCAGUUUCUGUCAGGGGAGCAGGGAGAAACAUUCCUGCGGUAAUGGAUAAAGAAGACAAGCGACAGAGAUGUUGUAAUUCUGCUCCUGUUCUUUGGCUGCAUGAUGUGUCAUCAUCAGAAAGUAAGAGAGGAAAGACUGUCAGAUAAAUUACAGGGGGGAUUCUGUCCGUCUAAUUCAUAUUUUAUUUGUGAGUGGACUCGUAAAUGGACUAUGUCUAUAUAACUCUUUUUCUAGUCAUCUGCCCACUCAAAGCAUAGUAUUGAGUGAAGAAAUGGCUUAUUUACAAGUUUGGAAAAAGGUAAUAAUAAUGUGUGACUCCUCUGGGAUGAGUUGUGUAACAAGGAUGCUGCGGGAAAUGACUAUGGAUCAUUAACAGCAGAUCCCCCCAUGCACAGAAAGACCUGUUCAUGUUCAGAUCCUCAGCAAGACGUCAGCAAAAGGUCAGAGGACACAGCUAACCCAUUUUUUUUUUAGCUUUUUAUCAUCCCCGACUUUGUUAAAGUUCAAACUAUUUUUCAAACCUUCAUAGUGAAUCCAUGAGCUAUUUCCUGCACUAUCCAGUAUUGCAAAGGUUGGGAUGUGACUGUCACACAAGGUAUUGCGGCUUUCCUUGUACCUUUAAAAAGGUCACUUGAGGCAGAGGAUAGGUCCUGUAAAUUUCUGUGACACAACCGCUGCUGUUCCAAAAAAGGACCCCCAGUUCAUCGAAGUUUUGUAGCUUUAAUAACGCAGAAAACGCUUCUACAGUGGCCAAUGAUUUACACGCGCACAUCAGAUAUAAUAUGUGUACACUUUGCGAUAUGUAUCAUUGCAAAACAAAGAACAUAAAGGGCUGUCAACAAAAAUAACGGCUACCUAGGCUCACCUCUCCACCCAAGUGCAGGUGAGACCGCCCCUUAUAUAACCUACUGGCUUGCAAACACAGUGUCCACGUGACCCAAUGGUACCAAGACAAAAGAAAUUAAACACAGGGUAACCAAUCAGCAAAGCAACAUUAUGGCUCGUACACAAGAUUUUAUUUUUUUUUUUGGCCUUUUUCAAGUACAGUGGUUCGACAGUUGCUGGUUACCGGUUCACCCACCUUGCCUUGUGUUGUAAAACUUUUCAGACUUAUUUAAACACACCCUACUCCAAUUAAAAAAUUUCUUAUAUGGUUCAAAAUGGAUCAGUACAAAUUCGCCUUUUUCAAGCUAAUGCUAAAACUGCACUUCCACUCAUGUCCACUAGGGGGUAGCUGCAAAGGCAUCAGAAGUCACAUACACACCCAUUCAAAAUAGCCUAUCUUUAAAGUCAAGUUCAACAGAUUUACAGCCUGAUUCAAGAAAAAGAUGAGGACAGAAUAACUCGUAUCCGCAUUCCUGCACUCUUUUUUUCACUUCAACGAUAUAAAGGUUAUGAGUUUUGUUCAAUUUUAGGUGCAGCUGACAGGCAGGCUACCUCAGCUCUACCUCUUUGCUUCAUGCUGGGUCAGCAUUUACAACAUGGUGAUGCUUCAGAACUCUACUUUAGAAACCAGUCAGUGGUUACCAGUCACGGAUAUUAUGUCCAUGUUGAAAAUCCAUGUUUGAACCAAACUGUGAGUCAUCCACAAACAGCAUUAUCCAGCUCAUGCAGAGUGUUAUUGUUCAUAGAAGUGUUUAUGUUCAGGCAUCUAUUUUUGUAUGUAAGGGCUAACCACAUCAUAGUGCACAUCUGAUUAUUUAAAUGGUAAGAUGGGCUAUAUGAAAUCCAUGCAAAGCUGCAGAUCUGAAACAUACUACAAUAUACAUACAAUGUAAAUCAACAUCUCCUCACAACUCAACUCAUUCUCAUGCAGACAGUAAGGAGCUCUGUAAAAACCCAAACUAAACUGUUGAAAGAAAAACACGUCUGAAGAUGGAUUCCCUGGCUCUAACACCGACUUUUUAGUUUAUUAUCCUGCUGGAUGUUAGCUGUUAGUGUCAUCCUGUGAACAUAUUUUGUUAGAGAGUUUAUUUCUGACUGUGAGUGUGACUGCUCACAGUUUCAGAUCAGGGGAGUGUGUUUUAGCCAAACUAAAGCCAUCUAUGGUCUGUUAGUGUUUUACUAAGUCCACUGCAGUCUGGGGUCAGAGAGACAGUUACCACAAAGUCACCAACUGAUUUGUACACUUUCUUUUUGUGGUAAAAAAAGUCUACAAAAUGGCACAGUUUAAUCAUUUUCUCAUUACAGGGAAGCACAGACAGUACAGUUAACCAAUGAACCAUUGAGAUGUAUGAAAUGUAUUCAAAUACGCUGCAUGUGUCACCAAAGGAUACUUUUGUUUUUUAUAAAUUUUUUAGAAAGCUUGGAGAAAAAGCAUUGGGAAACUUUUACACACUCAUGUUUAAACAUAGUGAAGGACAAGUUUGCCAUAGUAAUGCUCUGAGGAUCCUUCUGAGAGGCCUUUUUAGGAUAGUCAAACACAAAAUAGAUCUUAAGCAAGAAGAUUGAUGAUUUUUAACUUUCUAUUUAAAGCCUAAAAUCUGGUAGGAGCAGCCAUAGAAACACUCCUGUUUUUACAGUUUUCAUUUUAGAUGUUAACCAAAUAAUAACCAUGGCUGUCAAAGGUCAGAAUAAUGAAACUUUCCAGUCAGAAAACACUACUUCUGCAUGUACAGGAAAAGAUUGCUUUGUCAACAGAGGUGCAAAAUUGACACAAACUGAAAGUUCCUAAUACAAUUUCGACACAAUAAUGCAGCUUUCAUAACAGGACAGAUCAAAUGUAGGCCUACACCAUUUGCUUAUGAAGUGUCGUGUUUGUCUGUCUAACUGGAUAGUCUACCUUAUUUGUUUCAAAAAGUCAUAUGUCCUCAGGACUAUUGCCUAUUCACUUCACUUUAAACACUUUUACUCAAUUUAGUGAUAGUUACUAAAUUAAACACCAGAUUUCACUUUUAGUUAUUCUUUCUCAUAGUGUCAUGAAAGAAAAAACGGAAAGAUUUGAGCUCAUUUAACCCUUACAUUAUCACAGGCUGCAGAUCCAAAGAAAUCAAUCAGUCUUUUCAAGCGUAUAUAUAACAUCUUUUAUAACUUUGUUUUGAUUCAGAAUGAUAUCACUCACAAUAUCACUGAAAGGUGACUAUCCUAAACAACUUAGUUGUUUGUUUGAAUGAAAUCAGUAUGUGUGUUGAGAAACAGUUAACAACUGCAGUUCAUGCGAGAGUUGAACAUGUGGUUUGUUUCAUUAGUGAAGACAUAUCAAAGUUGAAGCAAAAGUCCAGUAUUAUGUCCGGAAACAUGUGAUUCAGAUGAGGAAAAUGAAAUCAAUUCAUACCAAAAAAAUUUAUGUAUCACCUCAGUACGUAUCCUUGCAGAUUCCAUUUCUCUGAACCUGUUCAUUUGCCGGGACAUACCCCUGCUUAGCACACAUAAUCUCUGUUUCCAACAUCUGGUAGCUAAGAAAUAAAAGCCACUGUUCUGCGUAAAGUUUUUCAGACAUUUACUGUUCCUGAAGCCAAAUCCAGAGAUCUGUUAAGCCACUGAGUCAGGGAUUGAUGGUGAGGCUGCCUAAUAGUGUAUACCAUUUUUGUGAGUGUGCUCAGUGUCAGUGGGAGGAAUCAGAUGGAAGGUAUGAGUGACGACACAGUGAUGAUCUCUGGGUCUGCAUGUAUAAAAGUGAGCGCUCUCCCAGAGCUUGCAGCAGUGGAGGGUUGAUCACAGUGAUGAUUAUCUGUGGGGAGCAAACAUGAGGAACAUCUGGAGGAAAAGAGCUGAGCAGCACAGAUAAGGUGAGUGCUUGAAAGGUUUUUAAGUGCAUUAAAAGGCAGUUUCUGACUUUUAAAUGACAGUGCAUGUAUGGACACAGGAAAGUUUAUACUUUCACACGCAGCUGUUGUGAACAUGCUUACAUUUUAUUCAUGAAUAAUUGGGUAUCUGCAGUGACAGAACCACAGAGCAUAGCAGGAUUAAACCAGUUCGAGUGCAGGAGACAUGGAAAGUCUGCAAUGAGUCAAAGACAGAGGAUUUGUCAUGAUUUAUUGCCCAUUAUGUGAACCUUUCACAGUGAGUAAUGAGGAAGAGUAGACAACAGAGCCAGCCAGUGAUGGGAUCUGUUUCUCAUUCCCACAUGAAUUGCUGAGGAGAGAUAAAUUCAUCCCUAUACUAGAUACAGACUGAGCAAGUUUUACUUACAAGUGUCUAGAGACUCUUUUUUAAGAUAGGACACAUGGCAAAAAUCUAAAUGCAGAGGUAUGAUUCUAUUUUUGUCAAGUUAUCCCUGCCCAUGCAAUAAAAGCGAUAAUGUAUGACCUUUUCUAUCAAAAGUACAGGUCUGUGCAUAGUUAGCCAGUCUGAAGUGUAUCUGAGUGUCUGACAGAGUCUUAACAUCAGUCACUCACAUGAUCUCUCAAAUAAUAAAUAAAUAGUAAAAAUAAAUGCUUCUCAUAUUUGGGAUUUAACUCCAGCAUUAAAGGGAUAUUCCAGCGUAAAAUUAAGUUAGGUUCAAAUACACCGUAACACUGAGUUAGACACCCCGUCUAGAGAUGAAUGUUGCAAACCGCUUGCUUCUCUAGUUUUACCAACUAUAGUAAUGACCACAGAUAGCAAUACAGAGAGCCACGUAUUACACUUGAAGUAAAUUAUGACUGCUUUAACAACAAACUUUUAUUACUUACAGUUCUCCAAUAAUGGCGAAUACAUCAGACCUGCUGGUCCCAACCCUGGACCCAGAGUUGGACCCCUGCAGUAACUACACUGAGGCCUGGCUGUGGCUGUCCUCCCUGCAGCCCUCCUACCUGGGCCUGAUCAGUGCGGUGGGUUUCGUGGGAAACGGCCUGGUUCUCUGCGUGCUCUGUCUUCAGAGGAAGCCCUGCACUGUGGCUGACGUUUACCUGGGGAACUUGGCGGCUGCUGAUCUGAUCAUGAUGUCCUGCCUCCCUUUCUGGGCUGUGACCAUCGCUCAAGGAUAUCAGUGGGAUUUUGGAGAGAUCCUCUGUAAACUGGUGAAUGUGGCGAUUUCUAUGAACUACACUUGCAGCGUUCUGUUCCUGGUGCUGGUCACCAUGGACCGAUACCUCGCUCUGGUGAAGCCCAUGAGCUCCAGCCGCCUGAGGAGAGUCUCCUGGGCCAAACGUUUCUGUGCUGGAGUUUGGAUUCUGGGCUUUCUCUUCACUCUACCCACCCUGUUAUUUCGCUCAGUUGUCUACAUAAACGAUCCUGGUGUGCACGCCUGCAUUCUGGCUUACCCUCACCCUGCAUGGAGGCUGCAGCACAAUAUCACUAGAAACGUGCUGGGCUUCUUAAUCCCUGUAGUAGUGGUGACAUUUUGCACUUGUCACAUUGUGGCAGCUCUAAAAGACCGUGCAGCCGGUGGACUCCCUGGGGUCAGGACAGAGAGGAAGGCCACAGACCUGGUCCUUGCCGUGUGGGCUGUUUUCCUCUUUUGCUGGACACCACACCAGGUGAUGAGGUUUCUUGACACUUUGGAUUACUUUCAACUCACACCUGGGUGUCUCUGGGGUCACGUCCUAGACAUUGGCAUACAGCUGUCAACAUAUCUGGGGUACAGCAACAGUGCUAUUAACCCCUUCUUGUUUGUCAUCGUGGGGAAGCACUUCAGGAGACGGGCUAAAGAAGUGCUGGGAAGACCUUUAAGAUCCUGGUCGAGAGAAAACACAUAUCUGACCGUGAGCUUCACCUCAGUAAACAGACUCAAUGAAAAACAACGAAUCAGUGUUGAAACACUCGACAAAUCUGUGCUUAGACAAAUGGCACUAUGA